GUAGAAGGAACGCAAUCAGGGUAGAGAGGGGGGAAUUGGAGGAGGCUGUGGCGCUGGAGUGCUCCUCACCGGGACCCGCCGACCCGGGGAGCAAGGACGUCGCUCUACACCGUUAUUCCUCCCGCCUCCAAGCCGCCCCUUCUCGUCAUGUCUCAGAGUAGGCAUCGCGCCGAGGCCCCGCCGCUGGAGCGCGAGGACAGCGGGACCUUCAGUCUGGGGAAGAUGAUAACAGCUAAGCCAGGGAAAACACCAAUUCAGGUAUUGCACGAAUAUGGCAUGAAGACCAAGAACAUCCCAGUUUACGAAUGCGAAAGGUCCGAUGUGCAAGUACAGGUGCCCACUUUCACCUUCAGAGUAACCGUUGGUGAUGUAACCUGCACAGGUGAAGGCACGAGUAAGAAGCUGGCGAAACAUAGAGCUGCAGAGGCUGCCAUAAACAUUUUGAAAGCAAAUGCAAGUAUUUGUUUUGCAGUUCCUGAUCCCUCAAUGCCUGACCCUUCCAAGCAACCAAAGAACCAGCUUAAUCCUAUUGGUUCAUUACAGGAACUGGCUAUUCAUCAUGGCUGGAGACUUCCUGAAUAAUCCCAGGAGGGAGGACCUGCUCAUAAGAGAGAAUAUACCACAAUCUGCAGGCUGGAGUCCUUUGUGGAAACUGGAAAAGGGGCAUCCAAAAAACAAGCCAAGAGAAAUGCUGCUGAGAAAUUUCUUGCCAAAUUUAGUAAUUUAUCUCCAGAGAACCACAUUUCUUUAACAAAUGUAGUAGGGCAUUCUUUAGGAUGUACUUGGCAUUCCUUGAGGAAUUCUUCUGGUGAAAAGAUCAACUUACUGAAAAGAAGCCUCCUUAGUAUUCCAAAUACAGAUUAUAUCCAGCUGCUUAGUGAAAUUGCCAAGGAGCAAGGUUUUAAUAUAACAUAUUUGGAUAUAGAAGAAUUGAGUGCCAACGGACAGUAUCAAUGUCUUGCUGAACUGUCAACCAGUCCCAUCACAGUCUGUCAUGGCUCGGGUAUCUCCUGUGGCAAUGCACAAAGCGAUGCAGCUCACAAUGCUUUGCAGUAUUUAAAGAUCAUAGCCGAAAGAAAGUAAACGUGGAGCAACUUAGAAAGUCCUUCAGUAGCACUUAAGAAGUUUCCGUCUAGCCCCUUUCCAAGUAAAACAUUCAUAGUAAUGUUUGAGUUUGUGUGUUGUUUCUAAAUCUCUCACAGUUUCCAUCAACACUCCAGAUUUAAUUAUCUCAUGGUAGUUGUUAUUAAGCUCUUUUUAAUGGCUUCAACUUUGUAUUGGUAUAUUGUAUUUAUAAACUUUGUACCACAGGAUGGACAGUAACACCCAUUUUACAGCACUGUACACAUGAGGGAAGGAACUGCAUGUUUGUUGAUGACGAUGAUGAAAUAAAACAGCUAGCAACAGUCUUUCUUACUGGUGCUUAAACUCUUCUUUGAGUAAGGAUUUAUAAAAGGAAUUCAAAAGAAGCCCUUUAGAAUUAGUGUUGAGAGACAGUACUAGCAGGCUUUUCUUGAUGUGAUUUUUGAAUUUCAGGGAACAUGACUGGUCUGCAGUGUAUUUGGAUCCAUGUAAUAAAGAGCUGUUGUUAUAAUGGA